CGGAUCCGGAUGGGCGCGGCGUGGCUGGGUUGGCCCGCGACUUGCCGACAUGGCCGAUGGACUGUCCCUGGCCGGCAGCAUCGACGCUGCCGACAUUGUGCUCGUCCAGCAACACCAGUGCUGCCAGGGCCAUGCAUGGUCGGUUGCGCUGUAUCCCCGGCGAUAGGGUCACCGACUCGGCUCGCUGGUGGCCGUCGUGCUGCUCGGGCAGUGAUUCACGAUGACCCGCCAUCCAAAGCUCGCGUCCUGCUCGUUCGUUGUCCUGCUCGUUCGUUGUCCUGCUUGCUCGCUGUCUUGCCUGUCGUCCUGUUCAUUCUUCGCUGACGUCGUCGCUCCUGGAGCACCUCGCUUGGCUUGUCUGUAAGUUCUGGAAACGACCAUGUCCGGCACAACCAACCCCCCGCAGAAUGCCUCUUCUGCUCCUCACCACGAGAAGCAAAGCGUCAUAGCCUCUUUCAUCCAGGUCCUUGCCGGCGGGACGCUGGCGGGUUUCCUGACCGAGCUCGUUCUGUAUCCGGUCGAAGGCCCUCUUGUCGACCAAAAGCCCAUCCAGGUCCAGCCGACAGGCUCGGCGGCCUCUGCUUCGCCUGCCCAAAAGCCUACAAUGCUCCGGAGCCCUAUGGCAGCACUGCGGUACCAUCUGGGCAUUAGCCCGAGCAUCUCGCUCUCGUCCAUGUCGCUUUCGAUCCUCAAGACCUGCGCCGUUCGAGCACCGGGAACAGGCCUGCUCAUGGCCUCAUACGAGUUUGCAAGAGAGUCGUUCGAGCACCAGCUCCGGCGCACCGGCUGGGUUGGCUAUGGAUGGGCUGUGGCAUUCUAUGCCGGCCUUGGAGCCACCUUGGUUGAGGCCACGCUCCUUGCUCCCAUGGUUUCGAUCCGGGAAGCCCUCGACCUGGCAAAAGAGUCUGGGUCGGCAAAGACAGGUGUCCAGGUCGCAGUGUCGGCUUGUGGCCCGCUCCCUCUUAUGCGGCAGUUCUCGCACAUCGUCGUCACCACAGCCCCGUUCGUCUCGAUGUACUACGGAUUCACCGACCGAUAUAUUGCCAUGCUCAAAUCCAAGUACCGCUCUGAUUUACCUCCCUCAUUCUACAAUGUCGUUGGCGGAACCCUGGGCGGCGUCACCGCUAUCUUGAUUGCCACGCCGCUCGAGUUUCUUCGGCAGAGACUCAUAACCGAGUGGAACAUGAUGCGGCACACCGCCGAGGUGGUUUCCAAGGAAGGCACUUCCAGUGCCAAAGCCAUUAUCCAAGAGCGCUGCCGCCAGGAAAUGCGCUUCAAGAUUUUGCACCAGACGCCCCGAUUUGCGUUUCGCCGGGCCUUUUACGGCACCGUCAAGGGCGCCGUCUUCAAAAUGGCCAAGAGAACUAUCCGUCGUAUUUUGUAGCCGUCGACACUUCCAAGGCAGCGCGGGACAUCAUGCAGAUUUCAGAAUACAGCCUGUUGGAACCAAA